AAUAUUCAUGGUGAGGAUGAUCCAACUGAUAUUUUGGUCGGUAAAAAAUGGUUAGAAGGUAGAGAAAAAGAAUCACCUAAACCACCAAUCGCGGAAAAUUUUCCUCAAUCACCAAAAAACCCUGACUCUGACAUUGUAAAAAAUAAACCAUUAAUUACCGCAGGAAAACCCGACAAACAGGAUAAUUCACCACUACUUAUAAAGGCAGAACCAAAACUCACUAUUACUAGUUAUCAACCUCAACUAUUAAUCGGCAGAAUUUCACCUAAAAACCAAGAGGAAUUUUCCUUAAACGCUAGCAAGCAAUUGCCG